UAUAUUCAAUAUAUGGAAAAUUUUCAAAAGAACUUUUUCAUACAAUGACAAUUAUGAUAAGUCAAUGGAGUAUAGGUAUAGUAGAGAACGAAAACAUAGAAAAUAUACUAGAGAUAUAUAAAGAAUAUUCAUAAGAUGGUUCUCUAGAUAGAGAUAUAGAUAUUGAAACUUAAAGCUUGAAUUUGCUCUAAACAGUUGAGAAACAGGGGGCGUCCGCAACAACCGAGCCGGGGGAGGCUGCAUGCAUACGACGCAAAUGAGUACUGUGAACGCCGAAAGCUACUGCGUUCACUGCCUCAGUCUGCAACCAACUCCUAGUAUCACUCGCUCUGAGUGCCCGGUCCACGCGCGCCAAGCGAUCUGUUUAUCAGGAAGAGUGGUCGAGCGCAGCAAGGCCCGGGCCGGCAGAGCCAAGCGGCAGCCAAAGCCAGGCAACCGCCGGCCGGCUGCACCGCACGUCCAGAACCGCCGUCUCCGGCGUGGCAGGCAUGGGGUGGCCGGUGCGCGUGCGGAGCCCCCCGGUGCUGCAGUCCAAGCUGCUGUGCCUGUCCCUGCUCUACCUCCUCACCACGCUCCCGCCCGCGCUCUACGUCUCCUUCACCGACCCCGGCCGCCGCGGCUGCAUCCGCCUCCUGCCCUUCCCGUCCCCGCCCAAGCCGCUCUUCCGGUACCCGCCCGGCUACGGCGAGCACCGGCACGCCCUGCCCACCCCGCGCGCGCUCUGCUCCAACCCCGUCGCCUUCGCAGACUACAAGACUGCCUUGGAAGAGAUCCAUGGCCUUUGCCGCAACACGUCGGCGUCCCCAACGUUGCGGUACCAGAGCGGCAGGAGGGUCACGUUUGCAGGCAACUUCUCGACCGAGAAACGGAGAUUCUUCUUCAACCACAUCGACGACCGAGUGGCGAUUCCCUGUGGGUUCUUCCGGGAAUUUCCAGUCCCAGAACAUGACAGACUGGCCAUGGACAAGUGCAGGGGCGUGGUGGUGGCGUCGGCGAUCAUGAACGACUACGACAAGGUCCGGCAGCCCAGGGGGCUGGGUGCCGAGACGCUACGCACGGCGUGCUUCUUCCUGUUCAUCGACGACGCCACCCGCAGGGUCCUCGCGCGGCAGGGCAUCCUUCCAGCUCGCGGCGCGCGCGGCGGCGGCGGCGAACGCACCGCCGUCGGCGCGUGGCGCGUGGUGACGCUGGGUGGUCGUCGCGCCGGCGACAGGCGCCUCCCCUACGAGGACCCGGCGAUGAACGGCGUGGUCGCCAAGCACCUGCUGCACCGGCUGUUCCCCAACGCCAGGUUCAGCGUGUGGGUGGACGCCAAGGUGCAGCUCACGGUGGACCCGGCGCUGCUGGUGCACGCGCUCCUUGUCCACGAGGGCGUGGACGUGGCGGUGUCCAGGCACCCCUUCAACCGGCACACCAUGGAGGAGGCCAUCGCCACGGCGCGGUGGCGCAAGUGCCGCGACGUGGACGCCGUCAGGGCGCAGAUGGAGACCUACUGCGCCAACGGCCUGCAGCCAUGGUCCCCCAGCAAGCUUCCAUAUCCGUCGGAUGUGCCGGACUCGGCGGUGAUCAUCAGGAGGCACGGCAUGGCCAGCGACCUCUUCUCCUGCUUGCUGUUCAACGAGCUAGAGGCGUUCAGCCCGCGGGACCAGCUCGCGUUCGCCUACGUCAGGGACCACAUGAGCCCCAAGGUGAGCAUCAACAUGUUUGAGGUCGAGGUGUUCGAGCAGAUCGCCAUCGAGUACCGGCACAACCUCAAGCCUGCCGGCGGCCGCCGAGGGAAGCAGCAGCAGGGGGGCACUAGGAUGGCAUCCUCGAGAGACAUCGCCGGGAGCAGCUGCGAGGGUUAUCUUCUCAAGAUGUGGGGGGAAUCUGCUGACUGACUAAGGCUUUUGAAAAUGCAGAUCAUUUCUAAUUUUUAUUUAUCUUUUAAAUUUUUGUUUGCACGGGUGUAACAUAUGCUGGAACAAUUGACAAACUAGAACUUUUUGUAAAUAAAAUAUACACUGUAAAA